UGACUUCCUGUAACUGGCCAUUUAUGUUCAUUCGCGAUCGGUGUGUCGUAUGAUAUGGUUGUGUGUGAUUUGUGGUGACUUUACGGAAAUAUUCGGGUGAUUUAUUUGCAGUCCUCGUGUAUUUCGCGUUCAGAAAAAUAAACAGAAAUAAAACGAACAAAAUGUCUGAGAUUGACGCAAAAGUGAACAUGUCGCUUGAUGAGAUCAUAAAGAUGGAGAAAAAGGAGAAAAAGAAAAAGGCUGGGACUGCUAAUGGAAAAUCUGGUGCUAAGCGCACUCGAGGAAGUGUGCGAGGGCGAAGUGGACUCAGGGGUAGAGGUGCUAGAGUGAAGCGUAAUACUGGAACUGCCAAAAAAGAACAAACAUGGCAAGCUGGACAAAAUAAUAAUAACAAUAACAAUAAUAACAAUAAUAAUAAUAAUAAUGUGCGUGGUGGUUUUGUGAGAAAACGAUAUAAGAAAAAUAGUGGUCUCACUCGAUCACGAAGUAAUUUAACAUUAAAUCAGAAAUCAAAUACACGAGGAGCUUUUAAUGUUCGCCGUGGUCGUGGCAAUAGAUUUGGUCUGACUCGUAGUAGAAGUCGUACAAAUUUGACUUUUACACAAGGAGGUUUUUUUACCAAUAAUAAGACUCCAUUAAAAAGAACAAAUAGUUUACCAAAUUUACGCGAUCCAACUUCAGUUCAUAAUCGAUUGGGAUAUCAGAGUCCUGCCCAAAUUGCUUAUCGAAAUCGUGUUAAAAGAGCAAAACAGUUACUGCUUCAAAGACAAAAUCAGAAAUUAUCUCUGCAAAAUCAAUUUAGAGUUCCACAAACUGGAAAAUCAUUAUUAUCACUCCAACAAAGAUCCACAGAUAGAAGACAACAAAUUUUAACUUCUCAACGUCGUUUUACUACUGGUGGAUUACGAUCAGAUCAAAUUGCCCGUGCACAAAGACGAGCACAAUAUGAACAAAAAUUAAUGAGAAUGAAUUCUUCGCGAUUAAGUACAAACUCAAAUGUAAACUUCAUGUGUACAUUGGGAAAUGAGUAUAGUCCUAGUACGCACCAACGCCCUCUUACUCUUACACCAAAUCGAAACGGAAGUGCUGUAAACAGUUUACGCCCAUUACCAAGAGGACGGUCUCCAUUUAGACAAAGUGUACAAAGUUUGAAUAUGGUUGGUCGAUCACCUAUGUUUGGUCGACAACGUUCGAGAUCAAGGUCGCGUUCCCGUUCUCGUACACGUAAUACUCCAUCAUCAGAUACAGGAGCAGAUGUUGAUGAUCGUACAUUUAGCGAAGUCAUGUACAGCUUGUCUGGAAAUCUUGGCGUUACAGGAAGAACACUUAAUGAUAGAUUUAGUUUUUAAAUUAAAGUUUGUUUUGUAUUUAGAAUAUAAGACUGUUGAGGCCAGACAUUUUAUUGCUUGAAACAUAAAUAUCCAAUAUUGUAAUUCUGUCUUAUUAAUUGUAUUGAUAGUAAAGUUGCUUCAUGUAAAAAGUAAUUCAUUUAA